AUGUACUCGCCCGAAAAGAUGACCGAUUCUUCCAGUGAAGAUGAGGUAAACACCUCAUUGCUGUCGAAUGGAAAAGUUCCAAAAAGAGUCGCUUCACGAUACUUGAAGACGAGAAUUGUCCUUUCGGUCUUCAUGGGGUUGUUGCUCAUUAUUUUGGCCUUAGUUGUGGUUUUAAUCAGCAUCAAUCUGGAAAUCAGAUGGCGCGUUCAUGACAAUAAGCCGGGGGUACCUAUGACCCCAAUUCCUGAGUUUCCAAUAGAGACAGUAAUGUUCGGACCAGACGAUGUAUACACUGGUCCUCGAUCGGAAAAAAGCGAUGCGGCCUGGGAAGCGUUGGCUGGCCCUACAUCAUCUCGUAACCCAUGGUCACAGCAGGGCUUCAUUUUGGUGAAAGAUUGGGAGAAGUAUGAUAUUGCUGCUGGUUGGCCUGCAAAUGGCCAAAUGAAGUAUGGGAUUAGUAUGUUCCACCAGCUUCACUGUCUGGCCGCUAUCCGAAAAGUCUUUUAUGACAUGCUGCAGGGUACCUUUGACAAGGAGAAGUUUCUAGCCGCCGACGUGAAUGUGGGUUCCCCGGAUUUCGUGCCCAACGGCCACGGUCUCUGGCAUGCCCAGCACUGUUUCAACUAUGUGAGACAAGGGCUUCAAUGCGCAGGCGACAUGUCAUUAGAGAUCCCAACAUAUUUUAACGGGACGCCUAUAGUGGUUGGCUGGAAUAGUCCUCAUAAGUGUCGAAACUGGGAUGCUAUGUGGAGAUAUGCCGAGGAACACGCAUAG